AUGACGUUUCGGAGGUGUUGAAGGUUGCAACCGAUUCAGAUUUCUUAUGCAAUUGUCGGUUUUGAACCAUUGGCAUUCACCAACACAUUGGGCGUAUUCACACAGUGAAUUUUUACCGGAUUCAUAUCGAUAAAAGACCAACGACACAUGCAGAUAUCAUUCUAGUCUUGUCCCAGACACACACAAUUGACGCGGGAAUGGGGGAAUGGUGCUUCACCAGGGUAAGGGGGGAAAUGAAAAUUCUCUCACCUCCAAAGAAAUCACCACAAAAUACAAAUCAUAUACACAAAAAAACGCUUAUGACAGAAAAGGAGACGAAGAAAGAUGGAAAAAAAAAGCCCUUCUUGGUCGUUCUUCUAACCGGCAGAAGCUAGAUCAGGGGAUCUCAACGUCGACGUCACGGAUCGGACACCGGCGGUCAGGGGAAUCGCCGUUUGAGCUAACAAACGUCGAAAGAGGAGGACGUCGAAGCAAAGAAGCUGACGGACACGGCUCGACUGGAGAGCUAGUGCAACAGGCUGAAGAUGGGGUCAACAGAUAUAGACAAUUCCGUCAACGGUAUCCUUGCCGGCAGACCAGUCUCAGAUCUCUCCAAGAAUUGGCGGGAGGCUAGAAAAAGGAGGAGGGGGGGGAAGGAGGAAAGGGAGAGAGGCGAAGAUAGAAGGAGGAGAGAAAAAAUGAGGAGGAGUGAUCUCUCUCCAGGCGGGUGUAGUAGAGGAAAAGAAAAGAAGAGAGAGAAUCA